UACAUAGCUGCCUGGAUUUCCAGUUUAUGCACAACCUUUAAAGGAAACAACUGUGCUUUUGAAACAAAGUGUUUAUUCUUGGCUGUGCAAUUGCUUGACCAUGGACCAUCUCAACAUUGGCAACAAUCAAACUUACAAGUCUGAUUUUAACAGCACCAUUGGUCCUGUGGGCUCCAAACAGGUAGGCGCUGCAGUAUUUCUUAGCAUGUGCUGUUUGAUUGGAUUACCCAGCAACAUUGCAGUUAUAAUAACCAUCGCUCGACAGUGGAACAAGCGCAUGAGCUUCACCGUAAAGCUUAUGCUAAAUCUAGCUAUAGCAGAUACUUUGGUCCUCAGUUUGGCUCCUUUUGGAGUUUCUGGUCUGCUGAAUGGAUGGACAUUUGGCCUUUGGUCAUGCAAGAUUCUGAUGUAUCUAAUAUACUGUGCUAUGUAUGGUGGUGUGUUGACUGUAACUAUGAUGGCUGCACAUCACUACCACACAAUUAAGUCAAGAGUUCCUGAUGUCGGUGCACUGGAAAGACUGCAGAAGGUUCGCAGAAACUUACUGUUGAUUGGGCUCUGGAGUUUAGCUACAGUUUUUGCCUUGCCCAUCCUUUUUAUUCAAGAUGUUCAGCUCAAGAGGGGAUCUCUAAGGUGCCAGAGGACCAUAUCAUCACCCUCUGGAAAGGUUGCAGUUCUUGUGUUGGAGGUCCUGUUUGGAUAUGUCCUCCCAUUAACCAUUAUAGCUGCAUCAUACUGCUGGAUCUACAAAACACAGCUACAAGGAUGUAGAAAUAUUAAGGAAAGGAAGAACAGAAUGAGAAGGCUUGUGAUCAGUAUUGUCACAGCCUUUUUUCUUUUCUGGACUCCUGUACACAUCAUCAACGUGAUUGACAUCGCUACUACUUUGACUAAGACAUCGUCUCCAGCUGUCUAUGAUCAACUGAAAAUGUUUCGUAGAGCAACAGGAGAUCUGAGCAAAACUGUUACUAUAAUUAACUGCUGUGUGAACCCAUUUCUUUAUGCAGCUGCAUCAGGAAUUUUCAAGAAAAAGAGAACUCGCCAAGAAAAGGAAACCAGCACAGAAAUUACUGUAACAAAUUAAGUACCUAUAGAUGCUUGUCAUAAAAAUUGUAACAUACUAUUGGAGGAUAUUGUGAUGUUAUUUUGAACCAUAAGUGCUAUUUCUCCUUUAGGGAUUUAUUACAUAUAGCUUUUGAGUUACAGUUGAAUAAUUGUCUUAUUGUUUAUAAUCCACUGUAUAAUCUAUAACCUUCUUGUCUGUUAUCAUGGUAGGGUUAUCCAUCAUGUUACUGAGACUUGCUUUCCAUCUUGCAAAGUAUGAUAAUAUUUAUAUCAUAUGUAUGAUAUUUAUUUACUUUUCUUAAAAUAUUGUCCUAUGUACUCAUUGCUUUGUGAAGCAGCUUCUUCCUCAAUAAAAUUCCAUAGGAAACCA